AUGUUCAUAUCAUAUUGUUUCAUCAGAAGAAAGCAUAUCUCGAGCAACGUGGGCAAGCUGCAGCAAAGCGACGCAUCAUCACGACGGGUUGUUCUGAGCCCAGCGCAGCCUUGGUCGUCAACGCCGUUGAAGCUCUGUCCGAGAUCCGUUUAUCGACGAACAUCCCCAAGGAGGUCAGUACCGUUGACCUUGCGGAUCUCCGUCUUGCCUACAGAGGUCAUUCAGCGAAUAGCGAGUGGCGAAGUCAUUGAUAGCCCCGUCGCUGCUGUGCGAGAGCUCGUCGAGAACGCGCUGGACGCGGAGGCCACCGCGGUGGAGAUCGACAUCGACUUUGAUGCUGGCAAUAUCGUCGUACGAGAUAAUGGACGAGGGAUGAGGCCAAAUGACCUUGAACGUUGUCUUCAGCAGAACGCGACGAGUAAGCUCGCCUCACUGGAGCAGCUCGUUGCUGGACGGGUGCACACACUCGGCUUUCGAGGUCAGGGUCUCUGGGCAAUAUCCCAGCUCUGUGCGUGUAUUGAGGUUCGCUCGAAAGGGGAGACCAGCCCCUGUGGUUACAUGAUUCAAUACAGCCCACAACAAGUUGAAACGAAACCGGUUGAGCCUGUCGGCCUUCCCCAGGGAACCAUUGUCCAGGUCACUGGUCUCUUUUGCGACGAACAGUUUGCCCCGCGGCGUUCCGCCAUGCCGCACAAGAGGCAGCUGCGGCAACAGCUCCUAUCCUUCGUCCGCGCAACGGCUUUAUGCCAUCCGAACGUUUCUUGGAGAGUUCGAGAUAGCGGACGCAAUCUUCUUACCCUAUACGGCAAACUUGAAUUCUCUGACGAGGAAUCGGAGACAGAGCGAGCUAAGCACGCCCUUAUCCGCAUGUUUAGUCAGAUCAUGGAAAUUGCGCCUGAGGAGUGUGGUGCUUUCGCUAGCGAUCAAGUCCUCUGUGUGCUCGGGUAUCCGGACCGGGGGCACCAUCGCUCACGGGCGGAUGCGGUCAUUGUGGCUGUGAACGGUAGAGCUGUACAGAACGCGGACCUCGUGAACGCGGCGCUGAGCCAUGUGCAGCACACGUUACCUUCCGGUCGCUUCCCGAUAAUCUUCAUUCACAUAAGAUGCCCUGGAAGAGAUGUCGAUUGGAAUAUUCACCCGAUGAAAACUAUGAUGCGUUUACGUGACCCCGAGUACUGGUUUCAGAAACUUCGAGAGGGCAUCGAUCGUUGCUUCUCGAUGCCGCUAUCAGAGGUAUCCGCCGCAGACUUAUUUGCAUCGACCUAUCUUCGGAAACUUAUCGAUAUGGAAGAAGGCGCCUUAAACGGUGCCGCUGAUGAACCCCAAAGUAACCAGCUGCUCAGACUCGAAGCCAUGACCCAGAUUGGUAAGACCUACAUCAUCGCCACCAAUAUGGAGAGCGGUGAUAUUUGGAUUAUUGAACAGCAUACCGCACACGAACGCGUGCUCUACGAAAAGUACAGGGACCAGUAUACGUCUCUGGCGCGUAAUAUUGUCGAGCUCCGCGAACCAAUUAUUAUGCGAGGUCUGUUCGCUCAAGCUCAGGUCGAGGAGCUGCGAGAAUCCCUGGGCAUCCACAUGACCAUGAUCGGUCCAUUGGAAUGGAAAGUGGAACGCGCCCCGCAAAUGUUCAUCGAAGCGGGACUCCUAGACCCUGAGAAUGAUUGCCCCAGGUCGCAGUCUGAGCGAAAGAUGCAAUUCCUGCUACAAGCACUCGGUUCUGCAUCCAGUCUGGAGGAUCGCUUAGCGCUUCUCGCCUGCAGGGCAGCGGUGAAGAACGGAACGCAAUUGGAUCGAGAGAGGAUGCAGUCAUUGGUGGACCAAUGGCUCCGAACGAAAGCACCUCGCACGUGUCCGCAUGGGCGUCCAACGUUUCGCCAGCUCACGACAAGGGAACUCGAGAUAUUUUUCCGCAGGCGAUAUACUCCACAGGAUGCUGCAGAUAGCAGUGACCCCGACUUGACGAGAAAAAGGGCUCCCUGUUGA